AAGAAACGGCCAUGUUGUGAAGGUUCCAUCAUGGCGUUUGGCGAGGGCAGGAGCGUACGCGGUGGUGCGAAGAAGAUGUCUCAGUGAGAUGAGUGUAGUCUAAUUUUCAGUCAGUGUGUGGUGAGUAGUGUAAGCAAGACGUUAGAAUUAUUUCAAAAUGGCUCAAGAACUACGCCUUCACAGUCCGGCAGGUGCAGAGCCAGUAAUGUAUACAUGGCCGCUUACCUCAGGAACGGGCGCUGAUCGUCAUGACGGUGCUGUGGAAAUAGUCGACACUAUUCGGUGGGUGUGCGAGGAUUUCCCCGAGCUGAAGCUGCCUCUGGAGAACAACAUCCUGGCGGACUACGACACCAGGAGUUACGAAAGCAUGAAGAAUCUUUGCGACAGAUUCAACAGGGCGAUAGACAGCAUCGUUCAGCUGGAGAAGGGAACCUCUCUGCCCGCCGCUCGCCUCAGCAAGCACCCCUCGCGCGGCCUGCUGCGACACAUCCUGCAGCAGGUGUACAACCAAGCCGUGGUGGAACCCGACAAGCUCAACCAGUACGAGCCCUUCUCUCCGGAGGUCUAUGGGGAGACAUCGUAUGACUUGGUGUGCCAAAUGAUAGACCAAAUAGAGAUCACGAAAGACGAUGUGUUUGUCGACCUCGGCUCGGGGGUCGGUCAGGUUGUUCUGCAGAUGGCCGCUGCAACACCAUGCAAGAUCUGCUUGGGAGUGGAAAAAGCAGAGGUGCCUUCAAAAUAUGCAGAGGCUAUGAACCUCCACUUCCGCAAGUGGAUGCGGUGGUAUGGGAAAAAAUACAGCGAGUACAACCUCAUAAAGGGAGACUUCUUGCUUGAUGAGCAUCGGGAGAAGAUUGUCACUGCUACCAUUGUGUUCGUCAACAACUUUGCCUUCGGACCCAACGUCGACCACCAGUUGAAAGAGCGUUUCGCGGACCUCAAGGAUGGGGCUCGCAUCGUCUCCUCCAAGUCCUUCUGCCCCCUCAACUUCCGCAUCACGGACCGCAACCUCAGUGAUAUUGGGACCAUCAUGCAUGUCUCUGAAAUGUCUCCACUGCGGGGCUCCGUCUCGUGGACAGGCAAGCCAGUCUCCUACUACCUUCACAUCAUAGACCGCACCAAGUUGGAGCGGUAUUUCCAGAGGCUGAAGAAUCCAAAACUGAAGCAGCAGCAGCAGCAGCAACAGCAGCAACAGCAGCAGCAGCAGUUGCAGCAGCAGCAGCAGCAGCAUCAGCAGCAAAAUGGCAGCUGCUACAACUCGCAGUCUGCGACCAACACGGCCGGGGAGGAGGACGACACGACUGCCGCGGCGACGCCACCCCGCGCCUCGCCAGUGCGGCUGUCUCGCGAGCGGGCGCGCCGGGACCUCAGCAAGCAGCUGGCAAUCGACUGGAGCUCCAACAGCUCGCGCGACAGCGACGACAGCUCCGUCGUGAAGGGCCCCACGACGCGGCGGGCCUGGAACCACUGGGUCAGCUUGCCCAAGCCCAAGAGCAGCCAGAGCGACGAGGAGAGCAAUGUGAAUGGAGAGUGUUUGUGGCGUGUGGCAGGCAGCAAGAGCCGCGCCGGCAGCCAGAAGCUGCACCUCCGACGAAACAGGACACGCGCCAGCACUAGCAAGCAGAUGCUGGCCGUGCCUCAGUUGCGUCCCCCUCCCAAGAGAACCCCUCGCGGUCGCGUGAGGAAGGGCAAGUCCAAGAAGGCCAUUAAGAUCAAUGGUCUGGACUUGUUGCACAGCCAGACGCUUCUCAGUACCUCCCCGCAAGCGCUGGGCAAGAAGCUGCCGCCGGCGCCGGGCUGCGUGGACCAGCAGCUCACGAGCAUCUCGAGCCUGGGCGCCCCCGACAGCCAGGUGCACGCGGAGCUGGACAUCCCGCCGGCCCCCGCCGACACCCCCUACGCCCUGCAGCUGCUGCUCGAGUCCUGCCGCACCCAGUUCAUGAGCAUGAUCGACGCCAUGAAGAGGCCCUCCUACCAGCUCGACGUGCGCGCCCAGAUACAGCAGGAGAAGGACCGGAACCAGAAGCUGCUAAGCCGCGGGGCGCAGCUGGAGAAGCAGAUCAAGGUGCUGAUAGACGACAGCGUGACGCUGCUGAAGGCGCGCAUGUGCGAGCUGGGCAUCAACGCCAACUCUCCCGGGGACCUGCUGGCCAAGGCCAAGGAGAUAGUGCUGCGACACAAGGAGCUCCAAGCCAAGUCCACCAAGCUGCAGUCGCAGGUUAGCACUAUAGAGCAGGAACAAGCCGCACUCGUGGCUGCUCGUCAGCAGGAGGUCGCAGAAAAGUACCGCAAGGUCGGGGCUGACAAUGGGGAGACGCAAGCACUUACCCAGGAGUACAUCUUGCGUGAAAUCUCGGCUACCUUGUCCCUCCGCAAGAAGCUCAAGAGCAAGAUGACCAGGCUGGAGUCGGAGCUGGCCGCCAUGUCCAAGAAUGCAACCCCUGCCGUGCCGCCCCUUCCCGCGGUCCAGCCGCCCGCAAACCUACCUCUCAUCGCUGCUGCCCCGAAGCCUGCUAGGAAGUCCCGUGACUCCCGCUCGCGGUCGCAGGACUGGCCUGAUGUUCCGGACGUUGCCAAGAUCGUGGAAAAUAACCCUGAAAUCCUUGCCCAGAAGAUUCUUGAAACUGGCAGGCAAAUAGAAGCAUCGGCAGGUAAGAGGGGUAGCGAACCAGUUAAAUUUAAUGGCCAUCAUCACCACCACAACAACAACAACAACCACCACAACAACCAUCAUAACAACCAUCAUCAUCACCAGCAGCUGCACCAGCCAGAAGACGGCAGAUACCAUGCGAGACCCUAUCAACCACAGCCUCCCCUCCCCGCUCCCUCGCAGCCACACAGGUCCCAGCAGAUGGUGCGGCAGUCGCAGCCUGUACGCCAGACACCAGCCAAGCCCAUUAGCUUUACCAGUAGGGUGCAAGAGCCACCCAGGGUGGCCAAUUUCGAGGACCGUCUCAAGACCAUCAUAACAACAGUGCUAAAUGAGGAUCAUCAGAUACGACAGCAGCAACAGCAGCAAAAUCAACAGCAGCAGAAUCAGCAGCAACAACAGCAGCAGCAGCAAGUGCAGAUGCAGUAUUCUGCCCCGUACGGGCAAUCCGUCUACCCUACGCACCCGCGACGGGAGAAGUCUCGCCAGCCCGACUACACUCAAGUGUCCCCGGCCAAGCUCGCUCUUCGCAGGCACUUAUCUCAGGAGAAGCUCGCUGCGGCGUCUGCCCACCAGCUGGCGACAUUAGGCCAGGGUGAGAAAGUAGCAACGCGAUCCAUCGGAGACCUGGUCAGCAGUGAGAUAGAGCGCACCCUCGAAAUUUCCAACCAGAGCAUCAUCAAUGCUGCCGUGGACAUGAGCACCGUAGCCACCAACUCGAGCCUGCUGAACCGGAACCCUCCGCCGAGACCGGAGCGCGCUCCGUCCCCCCCGCCCCCGCCCGCCGCCGCCACGCCCAACCGGGCGCCCGUCUACUCCCCCAUAUCCCGUCCCAGCAGCGCGGAAGGCGAGGGUCUGGCCUACCCCCAGCACCGGCCGCGGACUCCGCCCCAGCGCUCGACCGUGCUGUACCCGGCCUCCUCCCGCGCCCCGUGUCGCUACGAGGCGGUGCAGCUGCCCCGCGCCGACAUGAAGCCCUACCACGAGUCGUACUUCUCCGACCUGAAGGCGGAGCCCGUGGAGGGGCUGGCGGCCUCCCUCCACGCUCGCCUCAUGGAGGGCCAGGUGGUGAAGGUGGAGGCUCCGGACGAGCCGGCGCGACUCCCCGACUGCGCGAUGCAGCCUCCGCCCCGGGACUUCCCCGUGGAGGGCGUGGUGAAGGUGGAGGUGGCGGAGGAGCGGCCGUCGUGCGGCCUGAAGCGGGCGUCCCCCGUCAUCCAGGGGCCCCUGCGGCCGCCCAAGAAGCAGCACGUCUCGGACCCGCCCGAGCCGCCCCCGCUCGCCGCCACGGAGGACGCCCUCGGCAGUCAGCCGGAGGACGACGGGGAGGAGGUGAAGGCGGACCAGUGGCAGGACAAGAUAAGCAGCGGCUUCGACCGGCUCAUGUCGUUCGCGUCGACGGAGCUGGACAAGAGACGCCGCAGCACGGAAGGGGAGGGGUGCAACACCAGCCCCGACAGCGGCAUAGGCCACGGCGACCCCCCUCCGGUGAGCUCCGGCCGCGGCGCCCGCCCCUUCAAGACCCCGGAGAGACCCCCCCGCGACUCCCCUCCCGUCCUCGAGUCCCCCCUGCCCCCGCGCACCCCGUCCCCCUCGUCGUUCAGCCCCGCCCCCCUGGACGGCCCCUACAGCCCCGUCCGCCCGGAGAGCCCGGACUGCCGCGAGCAGCACCACUUCAAGAAGAAGUUCUUCCACCGCGACGGCUGGGGCCAGUGGGCGCCCGGCAAGAGCAAGUUCCGGCCCAAGGGCAAGGACUACGACUGGCACGGCCGCACGCCCGUCCACGCGCGGCACCGCUGGGACGAGGGCCUGCCCGGCGAUGCCUGGGGCACCACCCACUGAACCAGUGUUCUCACCGCCUGACCAGCUGCUACCACACUGCCGUCUGUGGCUCCGGGCUCAAAACCAGCAAUGCUCCCCAUCGUGCCUUUAUUGUGCAUCUCUUCAGAUCUUUUCAGAGUUGGGGGGAACUUUUAGCAUUUUUUUCUAUUAGCUUUGCUACAAGUAAUGUACAGUAAAAUUUAAAACGUAAACUUUGUGUAAAGUGUUUUUUGUGGAAUCAGUGGUGUGCGUACUGAAUGGCAAAUUGUUUAGAUGAAGAUAUUGUGCCUUUUACAUAUUCGGAGCUACUGCCACUGGGGUUUAGGAUGUUUUACAUUAGUGUUUUGUUCGCAUCGUUGUCGUCUGUCGACCUGGUGUUGCUGGGGCUGUUGCGAAGGACGAAUGGGGCGCGAGGCGGGGAUCCACUGCUUUUCACAGCAGGAAUGUUCUGCUGCUAUUGUUUCAUGCCAGGAGCUUUGCAGCGUUACCAAGUGUUAAUAAUUCUAAAGGUUUUUGGGCGAGAACAGGAAGUUUUCAAGUGAGUGUGUUCUUUCGUCGUUUUCAGGGUGGCGUUAAGAUUAGUACGUUUCCUCUGAAAAUAAUUUUAUUGUGAUUGUACAAAAUAAUUUUCUGGGUUUGUAACCCAGCAGUAUCACUGCCAGUGUUGUUAUAAUUUAUUUGGGGGAACUAACUGUUUCCCCAUGAAGGAAGUAAAAUGUAAUGUUAUGAAUUUUUUGUUUUCCUGUUUUAAAGCUGUCAGUAUCUUUGUACAUAUUUUCAUUUAUGUAAAUAUUUUAAAGAAUUUUGUACCUUUUUAGAGGGCAUGUUUCUAUAUAGUCACACGCAGAUGGAUUCAGUUGUGAUACCCUCAUACAGCAUGGGUUGUGUUAGUUUUUGUUUUAUACUUGAUUGUUCUUAAAUGAAGAUUUUGUCUUCAUUUAUUUUUUUUUACCUCCAGAUAGCUUUUGCUACUAUAUUUUAGAAGUAUUCAGUUAUCUGGGAUGGUGUUAUUUUCUGCUAUGCUGCUGUGGAUGCAAAAGUGUGCAAAAUGUUAAGCAACUGCCUAGUUGCAAAGUGGGUACAAUUUGUUUUUCAGUAUUUUUACGUUGUCACCUUUCCAAUGUUUACAGUAAUGUUUGAUUCUUCAUUUCUUCAUGUCCAUCUCUCUUCAUCCUUAUGUCGUACUGUUCCACAAAUGCAUUGUGUGCAUCUGAAUUGCUAUACUACUUUGAAACAAAUUUUUGUUCGAAGUUCACCAAAUAUAUCUAACGUUUGAUGUUGAUCAGAGUAGCCAACGUGGGGUUGUGCUUUAGUUUUGUGGAAGGGCUUGUUUUUGCGACAUGACAUUCUGCCAUCUCUUCCUUGCUCCUGUACUGCCAUUUUGAAAUGCCAAGUGAUAAUCAUCACUGCCAAACCUGCGUCCUGUCGAGCCAAACCACUGCCAACUUGUAGGAAAGCCCAUUGCACCGUACACUCGUUUCUUAUCAUUACUAUUGUUAUGAAUUGCAUAGUGUAAAAGUUGUACAUAUUCAUGUAUUUGUUAGCUAACUUGUUCUCAAAUUUUGUUUAGUGUUAUUUUGUGAUGAAGAUGGUUCUUCUCCAAUGUUCUGCGUUUUCGGAAAGUUGAUGAAAGUCGACAUGGUGAUAAAUAUUUUAUUUUAUUGUGUUUAGAUAUGAUUUUAGGAACUGGAGAUUUUUGAAACACUUUGCAGUAAUUGCUUCAUGGUAAUUUUCUUUAAUUUUUCCAUAUUAAAAUUUUUGUAAGUAUUCAACAACUUAACAACUAUUCGUUAGUGAUGUUUACAUAUUUUAUGUUAAUGACUCAACAGUAAACCAUCCAAAAGUGAGAUAUUGAGCUUAGAUUAUUCCUGUUGUCCUUGUAUUCAGUACUGCAAUUACUAGUGUUCAUUUUUUGGAAACUUUGUGCAUACUAAAUGUGAUUUUUUUUAUUUUUAAAACUUAUGGUCUAGCAUUUUUUUAACAUAUGAAUGUGUGUUAUUAUGCAUUGUGUUUUAGUAUUGCUUUGUGCAAGUAAAAUGUUACUUUUACCAAGGAGAUCAAGGUACAGACUGGUAUCCCAAGAAAAAUGAACAAAUUGCUCAAGUAAUGUAAGCAAGAGUUUUAUGAUUAACCACUGCCGAUCACCUAAGUGUUUAGUUCUGGUUUUCACAGUUUUUGGUCCUAAUGUUAAAAUAUAAAUAAUAUAAUAAAUGAGGUUGGAAUUGUCCCCAUAUCCCCUCCCUUCCUGCCCCCAUCUAUCCCUUUUUAGCACUGCCAAGGUUAAGUAUCAUGUGGGUCAAUUUUUACAUCAUUAAGUAAAAUGUUAGGGGGAUGAUUUGACCUAGGUAAAACUUUAAUAUCCUAACAUAAUGUCAGGACAGUUGUUUUUUUUGUAGCAUAAAACUAUAAAAUGUGCUUUUAAAAUGUUGAAACAACCAUCCCAAGCACCUGGGUUCUGCGUUAUGGUUUUUUUAGGUGGUAUUAUUCUUCACUUAAAAAGGUUAGGACGAUACGAAAGCAGCUUUGUUUACUGGAUUGGUGCUUCAAGAAGUUAGAUUUUAAAGGCUAAAUCUAUUUAAAUCAAAGCUUGUGUACAAGUUAAAUUAAAUUCUAGGUAAGUAGAUACAUACCUCAGUAAUACAGUGCCUUUUUUUUUCUUUCAGAGAUACUUUUUUCAACAGCACACUUUCUCUUGAAAAAGAUUAUCUAAAAGUUUAUCCUCAUGAUAUUAUAUAAUUUUUAAGUGAAUUUGACCAUGUAAACAUCUCUGUGGGAAAAGUAAGCACUGAUGUAUUGCUCAACUUGUAAGAUAGGCACUUAUUUGAUUAAGUUGAUAUUUUUAAUUCAUGUUGAUCAGUAUUUUUAUCUGCCCUUUGGGUAUCAUUUCAAGAGUCACUUAAACACGCCUAUUAAAUACUAUUUUUUAUUUCUGAACUUUAAUUUUAUUUUUCAUUCAAUCUGUGACUAUCUUGUUACACACAUCUUUGUUGUGCCAGUUUUAAAUCACUUCUAUUGUCAAUAUUUCUUAGAUGUAUGCUGUUUCACUAUGAAUAUGUGUGUUAUCAGUUAUCUUGUAAACAUUAAGGUAUGAGAUGUUUGCACACUAUAUGUAGACAAUUAGGACUAGGCACAGUGUUACCCUGGCUUUUAGGUAAUUUGGAUAAUUAUUACUGUUGCAAUGACAUGUGACUAUCCCUUUACACGUGACAAGAUGAACUAACCUCCUAGUGGAAGUGCAGCUGUUAUAGUAAACCAUUCCAAUCAAGAAAGAUUUAUUUUUGUGGUAAUGCACAUUUAAAUAUUUUUAAAUUUUAAAACACAGUAAAAUUGUCUCAUGACUUUUCUGAAUGAUCAAGAUGAUAAAUUACUGAAAAUUUAGUUAAUAACGUAAAAGUUUAAAAAUAUGUUCAGGUAGAUGAAUAAACAAAUACUUAAAUAGGGUUCUACUUCAUUUCAUAAACAGAUAGUGCCCAUCCUUGUUUUUCCAGACACUCCACUUGCUGUUAAUCAUAAUAAAUAUUCAAUUUUUUUUUUGUUAUUGUUUUAAUUAAUGAUCUUUUUUAAUUAUUUUAAAGAUUGAUAGUAGUGACCUUGAUCUCUUUGCUUGUAUCAGCAUUGCCUUUGAGCCGAAUAAAGUCUGCAAAUUGUAUUUUCAAAUCAUCUCAUUUGUUACAUGAUAAAAUGUUACUUUGAAAACGGGAAUAAAUUGGUAAUUAUUUUCCUUCUUACUGCUAAAUGCAAUGCUGAGCUAUAUUCUAGUGAUGUGUUUGUUGUGUUAUUUUAAUGAAUUUUAAAUAUAAAUGUUACCUAGAGCUUCAGUUUAGUUUUAUACUUGAUUCAAUACACCUUUUCUUCAAUGUCCUUAUACUUUUAUCAUAGACAUUGGUUUGACGAGCUUCCGAAGAAUGGUGUUAAAAAUGAGUUAUAACAUACCAAAUAAACACCAAAUUUAGGAUUUUUAGUACAGUUUUUGUCAUGAUAUUUUUUAAGCAGAUCAAAUGUUGAUAAUUUAAGAUGUUUUUCAAGAAUGAUCACAAGAUUUAAAAAAAAAAAAUGUUGAAAGUACAAAGUAAAAAUUAAAUCAUAAGUAAACUCUUGGAGUAUUUGUUUUUAUUGGUACUUAGUUUUAAAACUAAAGAAGGUAAAACUGUAGCAUUGUUUUGUGAAAACAAUAGUUUGUGGUUAAUAAUUGAUACUAAGCGCAUGUAAUGUAACUUUGUGUAAAGUGUAUGAAUAAACAAUGUAAAUUUAUUUUGUUUUUGCAAAGAAUUAACCUCCCCCUCUUAUGAAUAAAUACUCUCUGCUACUGGUUGCUAACGUAAUGGACUCCUGGAAACUUUUGGAGUAGAAAUAUUGUAAAAAAAAAAUUCUGUGCUUAACUUGCACAUUUUAUGGGAAAACAUUUUCUACGAUAUACUUUGAAACAGUGCUGCAUUUAAUAGCAAACCAUCAGAAAAGUUUAGACCAAACAUAAUUUGAAAGUGAAUAGUGUGAAGUUUAAUUUUUUUUAUAUAUUACUGUGUGUGGACAUGGCAGCUUUGUUUGCUAUUAUACCCUCCUCCCCCCCACCACUUACCACAGUAAUCCAUUACAGCUACAAACUAAAACUGUGGUGAUGUGAACACAAAAAUUAAUUUCAAUUUUAUGUAUCUCCCACUUCAAUUAUGCAUUAAAUGAGUUGUAAAAGUGGUUUUCACACAAAUAGUGGAUUACUAGGCCCAUAUUGAAAUGAGUUUAAGGCAACUUUAAUAAAUUUCUGUAAAUAUGGCCUCUUCGUUCAUGUUAGGGGAUGCUCAAUUUACAUUAGAAAUAUUUUGGAAAGGCAGUUGGCAGCACAUGAAUUUCCUAACACUUGUUUCUCUGCCAUUUACAAUAUUUGUUUUAUGACUGACGAUGUUUGCGCAGAUAGCCUGCACAGCACACAGUUAAAAUUAAGUCAAUUUUUAACAACCCUUACCUAGCGGGAGGGAAAAAUUAGUAUCAUGCUAAAUAUA